AUGCGUACAGUAGACCCAUCCGUCUGGUCCAAGAAGGUCCACCGUCGUAGACUGCAUCUGUCUCGUCCGUUGAGGUUCGGUUCACGAUGGGGGCUGGAGGCCCGCGUGAGGGCCAGCUUCAGAGACGCCAUGGCGGAGUUCUGGAGUAACUGCUCCGUAGAAGGAGUAAGAAGGAUCAUUAAUGAAGACACACCGCAAUGUGAGAGAUAUCGCUGGAUGCUGCUAGUAACAAUCUCCGUAGUGGCCGGCCUCCUGACGGUCUCCAUGAAGCUGGCGCAGCUGGUCACGGAGCCCCCCCUCGUCAUCAGCCUGCAGAGCGCCCAGCACUCCAUUGAAGACCUGGCCUUCCCAGCUGUGGCGUUGUGCAGCUUCAACGUAGUCAGCCAAAGGAAAUUGGACAAAAUUUCAGCUGACAUAGUCAGCAAGGACCGGAACCUCACCUACUCCUUUGCGGCUAUUCGUCAGAAUCUGCUGGAUUCUGGCGCUUUGCUAACGCUGGCGCUGCCCGUGGUGGACCUUCAGUUCGCACACUAUCUCUCUAAGGUUGCUCCUGACGGGGUGCUGAACGUCACGACACUUAUGCACAAGCUAGCCCCAAGUUGCGAGGACGUCCUGCUGAAAUGCUCGUGGGCUGGUAAAGAGAAACCCUGCGACAGAUUGUUCGCGACCCGCGUCACCUCCGUCGGGGUGUGCUGCGUGUUCAACGGCCGAUACGACUUUUAUGAUUGUCAGGUGCUGAUAUUCGACGGGACCGAGUACCCGUUCCUGGAGGGCGGGUCUGUGCGCGUGCAGCUCGCCCCGCGCGAGACCUCAUCCUACUACACCAUCUCCGUGCGCGCGCAAUUUGUCAGCCCAGAGAUAGUCUACUUCACUGAGGCUUGGCGAGGCUGCCGCAUCUCCGAGUCCAGCGCCGCUCCCUCCAGCCGCAGCUACUCCUGGUGUCUCCUGGAGUGUCGCCGUAAUGCGGCACUGCAGCUGUGCGGCUGCGUGCCCUACUCGCUGCAACCGAGGCAGGAGCGGGUCUGCACGCUCAACGAGCUCAGCUGCUUGAACAAGCAUCGAGAGAAGUUCAUGUAUUACCACCCCACGGGCUACACCUUGGAAGACCGUGACGGAGAGACCCUGAGCGAGGAGCUGCAGGACGCCCUCUUCUGCUCCGGGUGCUGCGCGGACUGCGCCCGACCCGUCUACCGUGUGACAGCUUCUUACGCCCCGUUCUUCGGCCGCCAUAAGUCAGUGUUCCUGGACAGAUUCACGUGA